UGCUAGCACUACUUCUGAGGAUUCUGAUCCGAUCAGUAUUGCUGACGGCCAGAUAGGCAUCGUCAGUCCAGCACAUUCUGGCAUGUUAUUCGGUUUGUGGUCGAGUAAUGCUAGUGUUGGUAACAUCGUGGGCGCUCUGAUGGCUGCGGUCGCGCUGGGCAUUGCAGGAGCGUAUUCAUUUAUGAAGGGAAUAGAG